AUGCAACAAAUGGGCAUAUCAACUCCCCCAGAGGUGCGGGCUGGGAAAAAGGUCGUGGCAGCCGCUGUGGCAGCCAGCUUGCGUUGCCGCAACCUCCAAGAACUUUCCCUGUCCAACGCAGUUGACGCCGAAGACUUCUUUGCGCGGGCUUUGGAAGAUCCCGCAGCGAAAGACGCUUCGGGGGAUGCGCCCUGGCCGAACCUGAGGCGCGUGGCUCUGUCAACCCGACAUGAGAGACGGGGGGACUCCAAGGUGUCACCCUAUCAGCUGCUCCGUGACGCUGCGAGCGUGGCCCUACGCAUGCCAAAGCUGGAGACUAUGGAGAUCUGGGCUGAAUCUGAGUUGAGAAGAUUCUUGUUUCGGUACAAUGUCGAGGGCGACCAGGCGGCCAUCAGGGUAGAGAUUGACUCGGGAUAUUAUCAAGAUGAAGUCUACCUCCCCUGUGCCAAUCUUGUAAAGGCAGUCGAAAAGACUCUGAAGAUCUGGCGAAAGGUUGCAGACCCGCGUCGUCAGCUUUCGCAUACAGUGGAAAUGGUUGAAGGCCAGGCCGCGUACUGGGACGACAGCGACGAUGAAGACGCUAUUUAUGACGAUGAAGACCAGAAGACGUGGCCGCUAGCACCGUCUGUCUGCGAUAGCCUUCGGCUGAAUGGCUUGGUACGGGAUGCUAGUGCGAAGCGGCGUUUCGUAUUUAAAGACUGGUAUUGA